GUUAACGGAGAGAUGCGAGCGGGAUCCGAUUCAGCACGCGCUGCAGGGAGGAGUUAACGAUUUUCGAUGUGGAUUUUCAAGACUUUAAUGCACUUUGUAUUUGCGUUCGUCACACUGAUCCAGCUCCUCAUGUCACUUCCUGUUCUGUCCAUGUGAAGUGAAAUCACUGAUAAAGAUCUUCAGGAGCAGGUCAAAGUCAACGAGGGCGUGGCUGAGUCAGAGCUGGGCGGUGGGACUUUUGAAAGAUGCCGUCCAAUAAGAGUGUGUCUGAUGCCGCCAUCACUCAGUUCAUCAACUGUAGGAUCCUCAGAGAUCACCGUCUGGAGAGAGAGGACCUGUGGGUGCGUGAUGGAAAGAUCUUGAACCCAGAGAAGCUGUUCUUCGAUGAACAAGGUUUCGCAGACCACAAAGUUGACUGUGGGAAUAACAUCAUGGCCCCCGGAUUCAUAGACGUACAGAUCAACGGUGGGUAUGGCAUUGACUUCUCACAGGCCACUGAUGACAUCACAAAGGGCGUGGCUAAGGUGGCCAAGAGGAUUCUGGAACAUGGCGUCACUUCCUUUUGCCCCACGCUGGUGACGUCUCCUCCGGACAUUUAUCACCAGGUGAUUCCUCAGCUGAAGGUGAAGGAUGGAGGAGCAGAUGGAGCUGGAGUGCUGGGUCUUCAUCUUGAGGGUCCGUUUAUCAGUGAGGAGAAGAGAGGUGCUCACCUUCCUCGGUUUAUCCGCCCUUUUUCAAAAGGGGGCGUGGCUGACCUCUUUGAGACCUAUGGGCAGCUGGAGAAUGUUGCCAUGGUUACACUGGCGCCAGAGCUCCCUAAUAGCAGGCCGGCAAUCUGUGAGCUGGCACGAAGGGGCAUUGCAGUGUCACUGGGUCACUCCAUGGCUGAUCUGUCUCAGGCUGAGGACGCUGUCCAGAACGGAGCCUCGUUCAUCACACACCUGUUCAAUGCCAUGCUACCUUUCCAUCACAGAGACCCGGGCAUUGUGGGAUUGCUGACAAGUGACUGUGUGCCUGCAGGUCGGAUGGUGUAUUAUGGUAUGAUCGCUGACGGCAUACACACACACCCUGCUGCACUGAGGAUCGCACACAGAGCUCAUCCUGCAGGGUUGGUGUUGGUGACUGAUGCAGUUCAAGCGAUGGGGCUUCCUGCAGGCAGACACACACUGGGACAGCAAGAGAUUCACAUCCAGGGACUGCACGCUUACGUCGCAGGUCUCUCUCUCUCUCACAAUGUCUGUCUGUCUAUCGAUCUAGCCACACUUCCUUCAUUGAGACUGACACAUGCACAGGCCACGCCUCCUUCACUGAAACUGAGAUUUAUUCCUGCAGGAACUAAAACGCUGAGUGGAAGCAUCGCCACCAUGGACAUGUGUGUGAGACACUUCAAACAGGCCUCUGGAUGCACGGUGGAGGCAGCGUUGGAAGCUGCGUCUCUGCAUCCGGCUCAGCUGCUGGGGGUCAGCCACAAGAAGGGGACACUGGAGUACGGUGCAGAUGCAGAUUUCGUUAUUCUGGACGACUCACUCACAGUCCAGGAAACGUACAUUGCCGGCGAGUUGGUCUGGAGGAAGUGACCUCAUCCUGAAAACGCUCUUUGAUUGGACAGAUUUGACCAGAGUCGUGGUCAUAGGAGGCAUUGGAAUUGCAUUAAAGCACAUACUGUAUAUACACACACACACGGAGUAACCUGUCUUUUACCUGGUCCAUCUGUGAAUAGGAAGAGGUUAAAAAGGGAUUUAAACACUAUUGAAAUAUUCACUUUUUUCUGUAACUGUGUGUAACUUCCUCUGAAUCAGUCAUUUCAGUUUCACUUUAAAGGCUCAACAGCUUCAUCUGUCUCUGUACAAAUGACCUGAAGUGUGUGUGUGUGUGUGUGUGUGUGUGUGUGUGUGUGUGUGUGUGUUUUGUUUAAUAAACUACUUUUCAUACUGUGGAGUGAAGUGUAAAAUAAAACCCCUGCCUCUAAAAGCUUUGUUUUAUUAAUAAAACAUCACAUUGAAAACAAAA